AAACUUUGCCAUAAUGGAGUCAAUUAUGGCAGGUAUGUACUCCCUUACGCGAUUUCUUCAAAAAACUCCUGGUACAGAGAAACUCAACGAUAAAUGAAAAACGAAAUGGCGUCAUUACGUUGCCAUGGCGACUCCGAUUGCAAUAAAAUCCAGAUCAUAAGAAAUUUUCAUUUUUAUAUAAUACAGUUGUGGUAACCUUUUUUCCACAUCUUUACUCAUGCCGACGUAGUUAAUGCUCAAACUUGGGAGGUAUCAACCCCCAAAAAUCCAGUCGAGCCACCUUAAAUUCCCAGGAUAAAUUCUUCAUAACUGGCUUCUGUUAAACCAAAUAUGGCAGACUUUUGCUGAUAGUAUUAGCACAAUUAUCGUCAAUUGUAUACCUAUCUACGGAAAAAAAGAGAUAGCAGAAGGAGCAGUAGCUCAGCGCACAAUAUUUAUUUAAUAGACCUUAUUCACGAUACCCGCCAUCUUUGUACGCGCUUAAGGACUGAUGGGAUAAAAGCGAUGUCACGUGCUUUCUCAGGGGGCAACAACUGAAAAAGUCUGCCGAUACAAGAAAUCGCGGUCAAGUUUGUUUAUUCUAUACGACUGAAAAUGAAGAACGUUUUAUUUUAAAAACAAUAAUGAGAAAUUGUGGGUGGAAGUGAUCACUGUUGCCGUUUUUGGAUGCAGUAGUGGCCGUAGAUGUCCUCACAGCGAGCAGUAAAGACCUUAAACUUGUCGAGAUUUGAACUGUAAAUUUUGCACGACCAAAAUAAUUGUCUAAUUUUGAGGGAAUAGAGAAACUCCAGUGAUUGCUCGUAUUGGUAAAUUAUAUCACUUGCUUGUUCCCUGAAUACCACGUGCAUUACUUUAUCCCAUCUGUCCUAAAGCGCGUGCAAAGAAGGCGGGUAUCGUAAAUAAGGUGUAUUUGGAAAUACUGAAAAAAGGUGUCAUGCAAAACUGCUACCAGCCGUUUCACACAUUGCGACCAAAGACAUUAAGUUCUUUCUAGGACAGACUCCAUUGGGACCAAACUGGUCUCAUACAUUUCCAUAAAGAAAAAGUUGAGGGAAUUUGAUGAUAAGAUCAAAACAUUUUCCCCCAGGUGGUUAUUUUAUUAAUUCUCACAGCCUAUUCUCUUGAUUGUGUAUUGAUUUGUUAGAGCGAUUUUCGUAUGACCUUGAUAUGAAAACGCGCGAACAAAACAGAAACAACAAACGAACGGAAAUAGAGCGAUUUGAUUGGUUUAUCGAACGGAUACAAACGAGCGUGGCUUUUAGGUGGUUAAGCGAACGCUGGGGUGAAAAAACUUCAUGCCCGAAGAACUUCCUAGAAAUCAACCGAUACUUCACUUUGACGUCAUAUCUCAACACGAUUGGCCAAUCGAACAAUGCCCUCUCCAUAUUAGGGUUUUUUUUGGCGGGAAAACAGAGUCCAUGUUUUGAUCUUUUCAUCCAUUGGCUGAUAAAUCAAAUAACGAACACUUUACCAAAACCAGUUUUCAAGGUCAUACGAAAAUCGCUCGAAUAGAUGUUUGUCACUCUUGGGACUUACAGGCCGGUUAAAUAGUCAAACAAGUAGACUGUAGAACGGAAGUAACCAAAUCCAAAUUUCCCUGAUGAAAUAAUUCACUACACUUUGUGUCUUGAGUUCCAUUAAUGAAUCUGGGAUUAAGAGGGUGAAGCAAAAUUUCACCCCUCUGUUUGAAUGACAAAUAUUUAACAAUUAUUCCUCGAGCCCGAAUGGGCUCUGAGUCAAUAGCCCAUGAGGCUGAAGGCCGAAUGGGCUACUGACUCAGAGGCCAUGUUGGCGAGAGGAAUAAUUGUUUUAGUAAAAUCCAACUAGUUGGUCAAAAGUGUCGAGAAUAAAAAAAUGUAAGCUAGUUAAAGCUAGACUUUAAUCCCUUUUUGCCGCCAAAAAGCCCACGCUUUUCGCUACAAGUGGGCUAUAACAUAUAGCGUAGUAGUAGCUCAACCAAUCAGAACACAGCAUUGAUAAUAGACCACUAGUUGGAUUUUACUAAUUGUCUUUACGGGAACAAAUAUUAAGUCAGUUAGUAUUUUCGCUAAAGAGCAUGCAGCUAGCGGUGUUGGGGAUGAUGAUUCUAAGUAUUAAUUAUAAAGUGCUUCUUUUUUUAGCUCGGAGACCAACUGUGCGUGGACGUCGCUUGUAGCAGUGCUACAUCAAGGAAGGAGAGACAAAACUUUAGGAUCAAAAGCGCUUCCCAGGUCUAUCCUCCCGUUAGCCUUCUACUGCAGAAGUAAGUCUUCACACGUUAACGGUCUUGAUAAAUUCGAGUCUUCGAUCACUAUUUGAAUUAACUUUCAUGAUCUGUUUUUGGUGUCCAAGCUCUCCUCUCUAUCUUUUAAAAGUGAUCCUUAUUCUAACUUGCCCACCCCUCGCCCUCUGCCUUCUCCAACCCUCCCCCCUUUCUUCCUUCCCUCUUAAGAAACAAACCCGGGCACUGUGAAGUUGUAGAGUGAAAACUGAAUACGCUUCUAUUGCAUUUCGGGCAGCUUAACAUGAUCGAGUAAGGUUUUUUUUCGUUUAAAAUCCACGAUGUUUACGAUUUCUUUUUUCUGUUUUAGUACCUUAAGUGCGUUCUCUAAAAUUCUUUUGGGCGAGAAAAUGGCUGACUUGGUCGCGGAAGUAACUCGUAUUCGCGAUCGACGCAGACUUGAGCGAUCAGAAAUCAUUAGAGAGCUCCUUCAUGGUAGGUUAGGUAGCACUCGGCUGCAGGAAGUGCUGCAAGCUGCCAAAAGAGCCUUUAGUAUCUCAGACUCUAGGGGAGCCAUGUUUCAGAACUUGACCGACGAUAUGGCAAAAAAGCACCCAAUCCUUGAGCAGCUGCUGGAGCGAGUGUUAAAAGACGACUGGGAUUGUUCAUCCAGCGAUCGCGAAGAGUACAACUUUCAACGCGCCGACAUUUUACCCGCGCUUUUUGCGCAGGGCUUGUUUCCUGGUUUGUUUCGGAGGGGAUUUAUGGAUGAUUACCUGAUGUACGAGUAGAUGGCUUGGCUGUGUUCUCUUCGUUACAUUCUUUACUUCUUUUGACGAUUUCUACUUUGUUGGAUGGUUGAUGAUAUGGGCAAAAAUGGUGCGCAAACGAAUGAAUCGUGUGUGGACAUCCAUCGUUUUUGGUGUUAAGUUGUAGUUUUAUACCGGGGCAUUUUAAUUGCGUCGUUGUCUGCGCGGAGGUUUUCUUGUGCGCACGCAGUCUUACACGUUUGUGAAUCAAUACCGUCUGUCUGGUCGCACGAAGUGGAUUCCUGUGGUUUAUCGACUCGACGUGGGCCUGAGACAAAGUUGAAAUCUACUGAAAUAUGGUGUAAUGAACAGGCACUUACUGCUAGCUUAGUUACCCUGUGGUGAUACAGAAUCUCUUCCUUGUAUGGAUUUAAAACAAACGCGUAGGAGGAGAGGAGUAAGGGGAAAGUGAGGUAGAUGCUUCUUUAAUCAAUCGAAAUCAGAUCUCGUCGUCAAGGACACUGUUCACAUUUGCCUGGUAAUUAUGCUAUAUAAACAUGCAGGUACGCAUCGCUGGUUGCGUACUUGCGAUACAACGCUAGACAGGGGAUGACCUAACCAGAACAAAUCACAUCAGUUUUAUCCUUGUUUAUUAAAAAAUAUGGUUAUGGUUAAGCGUUAUUGACAACUUGGAGAUCGGGGGCGCUUAGAGUUCAGUCAAGCAGAUCAUUUGUGAACAUUUUCGUAAAUGAGAGAGCUGUUAUUUUCUUUGCCCUAAACGGUAAAAGACAGGCUGAGGAUUUUUUUCUUAAUCAUGUUAGGUACAUGUAUCUAUUUUAGUGUCUUUUCAGACUAACCAGAUUCAGAUAUUUUGGCCCUUGCGGUAGUCUUGCAAUUAGACACGACUAAUUCCAAGCAUUCAAAAAUAUUUAUGUCCAAAUACAGAAUUCAGCUGAAGAGAAUCUUAGGCCCUGUUCACUCUAAUUCGUUUUCAAAAGUAUGCGUUUUCGUUGUCAUCAAAAACGCAUCGAUCGAUUCGCGUCCACACUACCGUUUUGUUGCCUUUUCGACUUUCUGCACUAAAACGUUCGGAAACGGUAGAAUUGCACGUGACGUAAAAUGAACUCUAUGCGCAUGCUACCAACACGCCCCUGCGAUAUUAUCGGUCAUCGUUUUCAUUUUCGACCGUCCAAAAUAAUACGAUAUGAAUGCGUUUUCGUUUUGAUCCUCUUUCAAGAGCGUUUUCAAAUGGAUGCGUUUUUUAUGAAAACGCUCGGCGUAUUAGUGUGGACGGAAGGCCUAAAGGGAUGGAAAUGUGUGCGUUUUCAAACGCAAACGCAAUAGUGUGGACAGGGCCUUAUUCUGACUAUAGAAAGCAAAAAUGGCCUCACCAUCAGGCCUGAGAGCAGGCUCUUUGGCUUUCUCUGGGUUCGACUCGGGAUAGCGGAAAGAUCCGAGAAAGGGAGGGAAAGCUUGCUACCAGGUUUGUUACCUACUGCCAGCUUUGAAUUACAUUAUCAGUCAUGGAAGUUUGAAAUGUUUAGUCGUUUUAGUUCUUAUGGGCUUUCUAACACCUGUACAUUCUAAGUAAACCAUGAGGCAGAACAGUUUCGCCACCGACUUACUGUCUUUUCUAAACGUUUUCAAGUGUUAGGCCCUACUGUUUAGGAGGCG